CGCCCCCGCGUUCGGGCGACGGGGUGCGGUGCGGUGCGGUGCGGUGCGGGCGUCGGAGGGGAGGAGCAGAAGCGGAGCACCCCCGGGAUCGACGCGCAGGGGCGGCGGAGUGGGGAAGCUGAGCUGGUGGGGGCAUGAGGAGAGGUACCAUGCCACCCUCCAAAGAUGUUGUGAAAAUCGCCGUCCAGAUGAUGGGGGCCAUUCCCCAGCUCAUAGAGCUCAACCAGGCCAAGCCGUUGUCUGCGGUUGUGAAAGAGGUUUGCGAUGCGUGGAAUCUGAAUAACUCGGACCGCUAUGCUUUGCAGUAUGUGGAUGGCCAGCAAGCGUACAUCACAGAAUCGAAUCGUGGAGAGAUCAAGAAUGGGAGCAUCCUCCAACUGACCACAGCUCCGGAUCAAGAGGCAGCAAAGCUUCAUGGUGGGAUUCAGAGCAACAGCAUGGAUGUGAAGUCUGACUCUUUGAAGAAGCUGGCAAGCCUCUCACGGGACGUUGCCUUUGCCCAGGAGUUCAUUAGCAGGAAUGGACUCAGCCAGCUCUUCCACAUUGUCGAGGAGGAUGACAAUAUAGGGGAGAUUCUAGCGUAUGCUCUGAAGGCCUUUGUGGAACUGAUGGAGCAUGAUUUCGUUUCCUGGGAGACUCUCAGUCCAGCGUUCAUCAAGAAGAUUGUGAGCUAUGUCAACAUCAUCCCGAUGGAUGCCUCCAUUCAGCAGAUUUCUUUGGCCAUCUUGGAGAACAUGGUGCCCACCAGCCGCCCCCUCUUUGAGCUGGUUAAGCAGCAGGUGACCCUGGAGCGCCUCAUCGCCCUUCUGCAAGUGAUGAAUCGCCAGCUGCAGCUCAAAGCGAUGGCGCUCCUUAUUGCCCUGCUUCUCAACGCCAGCGAGUCAGAGAGGAGGGACAUGAUGGACUAUCUGGGAGAGAAGAACCUCCGACAAUUUAUCCACAAGAACAUUGUCCACGCCUCGGAGCCCAUUGGGGACGAGAUGGCCCACUACCUCUACGUGCUGCAGUCCCUCACGCUGAACCUGCUGGAGCGUAGGAUGAGAAGCCCCAUGGAUCCCUACUCACAGGAACAGAGAGAGCUCCUCCAGUCCCUGCGCCACGCGGCCUUUGUGUCUGAGAACGAAUCUUCCACGGGCAGCUCGAACACGGAACGGCGACACUCCCUUUGUGCGAAGGAGUUCCGCAAGCUGGGCUUUGUGAAUAACAGCAACCCUGCAAUGGAUUUGCACCGCGUCCCUCCGGGGCUUCUUGCUCUGGACAGCAUGGUCUAUUUCUCCAGACACUUCCCAAGUGCCUACAGCAGGUUCAUUCUUGAGAAUAGCAGCCGAGAAGAUAAACACGAAUGCCCCUUUGCCCGGAGUAGCAUCCAACUCUCCUUCAUGCUCUGUGAGAUCCUUCAUGUGGGGGAGCCUUGCUCUGAGACAGCCCAGGCCUUCUACCCCAUGUUCUUCGGCCAAGAGCACUUCUUUGAGGAGCUCUUUUGUGUCUGUAUUCAGCUGUUGAACAAGACUUGGAAGGAGAUGCGUGCGACACAGGAGGAUUUUGACAAGGUGAUGCAGGUAGUUCGAGAGCAGAUCACCAGAACCCUGAACUUGAAGCCCACCUCCCUGGAGCUCUUCAAGAGCAGAGUGAACGCUCUCAACUACAGCGAGAUCCUGCGCCUCCGGCAGACGGAACGAAUGCACCAGGAGGAGAUCUUGGCUGCGCCAGUCCUGGAAUUGAGAGAACGUCUCAAACCGGAGCUUCUCAAGCUGAUCCAGCAGCAGAGACUCCUGCACCUGUGCGAAGGAACACUUUUCCGCAAGAUUAGCAGCCGCCGUAGACAGGACAAGCUCUGGUACUGCCGCCUUUCCCCCAACCACAAAUUCCUGCAUUAUGGAGAUGUUGAUGAGGGCAUUGAAAACCCACCCAUUGAGAGCCUCCAGGAGAAAGUUCCCGUGGCUGAUAUGAAAGCACUGCUUGUUGGCCGGGAAUGCCCACACACGAAGGAGAAGAGCUCUGGCAAACAGAACAAGGAUCUCUUGGACCUUGCCUUUUCCAUUAGCUGUGAUGUUGGGGAGUAUUUGAAUUUCAUUGCUCCCACUUGGUACGAGUUCUGCUUGUGGACCGAUGGGUUGAAUGUACUCCUAGGCCGAGAGAUGGUGAGUGAACGGACACAGAGUGACCUGGAUAUCUUGCUGUCUAUGGAGCUCAAGCUGCGAUUGCUGGAUCUGGAGAACAUUCCCAUUCCGGAUACUCCACCUGUCAUCCCAAAGCCCCCCAGCAACUUAAAUUUCUGCUAUGAUUUCACCCACAUAGAACAGUAACAUUGGCCUCUUUUUAGCACAUACUGCCAGGGAUCUCAUGGGGCAAACACAGCUUUUCAGAUUCUCCGGCUCAGUUUGGAUGAUCCUCCAGAUGAGACCAGGACCAUGCUGUGGGCUUUCUCCUUCCCUUUGGUAUGCUAAUUCCUUCUGCAGCAUCCAGAUUUCCUCUAACCCGUGUAUGCUGUGAUAUCAAAAUCAGGCAAGCUGUGAUUAGGACUAACCUGCAAACCCACCUCAAAUCAGAGUGACCAGUGAUUGUUUGGAGAGCAUGUGGAGCAGAGACUGCCUCAUGUGGAUCUCACCAUAGCAAACCAAAUUGCAGCGAAUCUCACCACAAAGCGAGGAGAUGGAAUGUGCUGGUCCUUGGCAUGUUUCCAGUCUGCUAAAUCGAGUAUGUUUUAUGAAAUACCAUUUCUGAGACCCAAAUAUCCAAUUUAUCUUAACGGACUUAUCCAUAUGUUCUGAGACAUACACUUUUACUUAUAUUGCGUUCUUCCAGUUGCGCCAUUUGGGAUCUCCUUGGUUUUCUCCAGUUCUUUUGUUGGGGGCUCGGGAAUAUCGGGAUCAAACAGGUCUUUAGAAUGGAAACUAUGCACUAUGAAAAGAGAAUCAUCACCAGCUCAGCCCUGCAUCUAAAGCCAGGAGCUGCAGCAACGAAUGCUAGAAUUAACUCUUAAGCAGAGAAAGAGAGUACUUGCCUUUUUCAGACCUGAGAUUGUGCUUCGGAGAUCCCAGUCCAGGAUCUGUAGACAAUUGAGAGGCAGCCGUGCAGAUAUCCCAAUCUUACUGGGAGCAUUGCCUUUUGCUAAUGAGCUAAUUUGUCAUGAGGCUGCCUCAACUAUACAGCUGUUCCAUAUGUGCAACUCAGAGGAGACAAGUGCUCAGUCUGCAGAAUUUGGGCUGCUACUACUGUGAGACGUAGCUGUUGGAGAACUUGCAAAAAGCCAUGCUGCAUCAGAUCAAAAGCCUAUUUAGUCUAGCAUCUUGUUCACACAGCAGCUAACUAGUUCCUUCUCACAUAUCCCAACAACUGGUAUACCGCAAUAUACUGCCCCCAGUAAGGGGCAACCAGCUGUUGAUAGCCUCUGAGGGCCAAACUGGACAUUCUUUGUGGUCUCUGAACUUCUCAGAUGGGCUUUUGCUCCUGUGUAGGCCCUAUUGACGGGAAGCUUCUAUAGCUAAGUGUUCAUUCUGGGAAGAAGCCCCCGCCCCCCGGCUGCAUCUUUGUAGAGACACCGAAGCCCAUAUGUGUGACUGCACAGAUGACCGCUUGAAUGACAGUUACAGGUAACUAACCUGUCCCACACUCAGAUUUGUUCUGCAGUGCUUCAGAAGUUUAAGCUUCCCCGUGACCUGUUUUUAUUCUGAAAUUUCACCUGUUCUACCCCUCUGUGGGGCAGGCAGGAAGGGGGAAAACAGCUCCAUUGGAAUCCAUGGAGUCUCCUUUUUUCCUUUUUUAUAACCCCCACCCUUCAGCCUAGCAGUGUAAUUUUGGGACCAAAACUGGCAGGGGGAAACCAGUCCCUGACCCCAGAGUAUUGUAACUUUGGUUAAAAUGGGGGCCACAUUUACUUUGGAGCAAAUCAAUCCAGUGUACUCUAUGUAUGAUUAGAAAGGUGUUUAGUGUGGCCCCGAGUCUUGUUUUCUGUCUUGGUGUCGACUUCCCAAUGCAGAAAGAACGCAAGGAAAGCUCUGCUGGGUCAGAAGGAGCCAGGCCUUAAUCUUCCCAGAUGGCCAUCAUUUUCUUAAGGAAUUCUGGAAUUACCUUAAAUGGUGGAUUGCCGAACACUUAGGGCUGAAGGGACAGACUCUUUCCCCAGUAUUCCCACAAAUGAAUUGAUCCCCCCCCCCCCCCCCCGCUUAGCCUUCUACACAGCUGGUCCCCAUUUCCUUUGCUUUGGUUAGCCUGAAUCACUUGCCAGUAUCUGAUCUGCCUCUUGCUCCAUUUUCAUUAGGCGGAAACUAGCACUUUACAAAACUUUUUCCCAUGCUGAAUGAGAACCCUGAGGCCAAAUAAGUACAUUUCUGAUCUGUCCAAGCAGCAGGACACUCUGUUCAAAACUGUAGCAUAACUACCUUUCAGGGAUCUCUGUUCCAUGACUGCUGCAAGCAAGGUAUGGUAUGACGGAGGGUUUCUGACCCUCCCUUCUAGGAAAGCUUAUCUUAGUAGACUCUUAAAUCCGUGUCUUUUGAGCCUUCUUGGAAAAUGGUUCUUUAAAUGCAUCCAAAGCUUUGUUAAAAACCUUUUCAGGGUCUGUAAUAUGGUACUUAGUAGUUAGGGUUGUGUGCUCUUUGCUUUUGAAUCAUUUUUCAAAUUAUGCACUAAGGGAUCUGUAGUCAUAAAUCAUGCAUAUUUAGCACAUUUUAAAUGUUUCUUACUUUUGCCAUGUUCAUUAUUCUGUCUACUUUUUAUGCUGGUUUUGCUAGCCAUGAAUCCCUUCACCCCACCUAAGCACUGGACAUCUUGGGCCACCCUCAGCCUGCUGAGACUUUAUUAAACAUCCCCAUGAGCCCCAAGCAUGUCCUGGCUUUUGAGAGAACCAGGAGUUUCUUUUCACUGUUAUAAAUGAGAGCUGAGAGAGUUCCAGAAACUGAUGCAUCUGCCGGGCUUAAGCAAAGUCUGACCCAUACACAGAGCCCGGUUGUCGCCUUUCUGCAAUAGCUGAAAUGGAUGAGCGACUGUGGGGGCUAUUUCACUUCCCUGGAUACCUCUCGCAAGCAUGUGCCUUUUUUGUAAACCCCCCCCCCCCAACGACAGCAGCAAACUGCCCCUUAGUACUACAAGACUUUGAUUUCAAUUGUCUGCAGGUCAGUUUGACACUUGCGGCAUGUUAUAUCUACUAAGAGUCACUUUUGGCUUGCGUACAAGCUAACUUUCUCCCUCGAGCACGAUGGAUGCCCUUCUCUCUCCCUCCCACUGCCAUGGCUGAAUGCAGCUGUGUGGCAGGCUGCCCCCCCCCCCUUUGCUGGAAGGUAGCUUAGCUGGGGUGAUGCCAGAAUGCAUUACGGUGGCAGCAGCGUGGGCUCACAGUUUACGCCCCCCCACAAACCAGAAAUGCCGGUUGUGCAGCUGACAGGGGCCACCACCCAGCUGGCUGCCGUCCUGCAGAAGGGCCUGCAGAGGCAUGGCAGGACGGGGGGCGAUUCAAGCCAGAAGAGUCUCUUGGUGGUGCUCCCACUGGAAGUGGCUUUCUUUGCUCUCAUCAGACAACUCCUUUGAAGAUAACUGUGAUUGGUCUUCCUGUUUUUCAUGUGAACUUUGUAAAUGUCACAUUCCCACGGCACGGUUUGCCCCCUUAGAAACACUGAGUCCACUGCACUGGAGUGACUGUUUCCUCUCCCCCUUCCUCGUGUAUUAAUUCCCCUGCAGCACUGUAGUUGCCCACCGACAAUAGAAAACCUCGUCUCCCUCCGUGUCUCCUGUAAAGGGACCCCCCAGACCCUCGGCUUCCUUCUUGCUCAGGUGCUUCUACUGUAACAUGUUCACUGUGGCACUCCUCUGACCAAGAGGGCUGAUUAAUGAUAAUAAAGGGAAUUGCCUUCA